UUUAAAUUAGAUAUCGAUGAAUGCACAAUUACGAAUCCAUGUUUGAAUGGUGGAACCUGCUUUAACUUCCCCGGUGGCUUCUUUUGUUCCUGCCUUCCCGGUUACACAAGCACCAACUGUGAACUAGAAAUCGAUGAAUGCGCUUCACUACCUUGCCAGAACGGCGGUCAAUGUAACGAUCUUGUGAACGGUUACACGUGCACAUGCGUUCCAGGCUACACUGGUUCUCAUUGCAGCAUAAACAUAAACGAGUGUGCCUCAGACCCUUGUCUUAACGGGGGUACGUGCGUAGAUGGAAUCAACCAGUAUAUUUGCCUCUGUGUUUUUGGUUUUGAAGGGACUCACUGUGAAAUUAACAUCGACGACUGUAGUCUGUCGUCAUGCUUGAACCAAGGCACAUGCGUAGAUGGUGUGAACUCAUUCUCCUGCAUAUGUAUGCCCGGCUACAUAGGAAACGAUUGCGGAAUAGAUAUCAAUGAAUGCGCAUCGGACCCUUGUGUUAAUGGCGUUUGUCUUGACGGUGUGAAUGGAUAUAUAUGUCAAUGCUUUAUUGGAUACAUUGGACUCCAGUGUGAAAUCAACACAAAUGAGUGUGAUUCAGACCCUUGUUUAAAUGGCGCCACUUGUGUUGACCAGGUUGACGGCUACCAGUGUGUUUGUGUACCAGGAUACAGUGGUGUUAGAUGUGAAAUAGACAUCAACGAUUGCUUACCUAAUCCUUGUGUUAAUGGUGCAUGUGUAGAUGCAGUAAAUGCGUACGUUUGCGUCUGUAUUCCAGGUUAUACAGGUGUUAACUGUGAAACAAAUAUUGAUGAAUGCGCCUCUAACCCGUGUCGAAAUGGCGCAACGUGUCUCGAUGCUGUAAAUGGUUAUUUCUGUAAUUGUGUUCUCGGCUACUCUGGAAUAUUCUGUCAAAUUAACAUUGAUGAGUGUGCACCUGGACCGUGUCAGAAUGGUGGGACGUGUUUUGAUGCCAUUAAUGCUUAUUUCUGUAGUUGCGUUCAGGGCUACACUGGCACAAAUUGUGAAAUUGAUAUCAAUGAAUGCGCAAGUUCUCCUUGUCAAAAUGGCGGUACUUGUUUAGAUGGCGUUAAUCAGUAUGUCUGUCAAUGUCCCAUCGGAUUCACUGGCCAAAAUUGUGAAGAAGAUUUGGGUGGGGUGUGUUUCUCCAAUCCAUGUAUUAACGGGGCAACUUGUUUUAUCACUGUCGACGGAUACACGUGUGGCUGUCUACCGGGAUAUACAGGGUUAAAUUGUCAGAUAAACAUCAACGAAUGUGCUUCCGGACCGUGUCAAAAUGGCGGAACGUGCGUGGAUGGGGUAAAUGGUUAUGUCUGCAAUUGUGUCCCAGGUUACACUGGAUCAGGGUGCCAAAUUAAUAUCGAUGAAUGCGCCUCUUUACCGUGUCAAAAUGGCGGGACUUGCUUGGAUGGAGUAAAUGGUUAUUUAUGUAUCUGUGCCUCAGGCUUCACUGGUCUAAAUUGUAACAUUAAUAUCGAUGAAUGCACCUCCGGACCGUGUCAAAAUGGCGGAACAUGCAUUGAUGUUAUAAAUGGUUAUUUUUGUAAUUGCGCUCCUGGCUACACCGGUACAUUCUGUCAAACUGAUAUCGAUGGAUGCGCCACUUCACCUUGUAUAAACGGAGGUACAUGUAUUGAUACUCUCGGCGGAUACACGUGUGCGUGUCUAGCGGGAUAUACAGGGAUCAAUUGCCAGACAAAUAUUGAUGAAUGUGCAUCUGGACCGUGUCAAAAUGGCGGAACGUGCUUCGAUGGCGUAAAUGGUUACGUCUGUAGCUGUGUUCUAGGCUACACUGGAACAUUCUGUCAAAUCAAUAUCAAUGAAUGCGCCUCUGAUCCGUGCCAAAAUGGCGGGACUUGUAUUGAUGCUGUAAAUGGCUACGUCUGUAAUUGUGCUCUCGGCUACACUGGUGUAUUCUGUCAGAUUAAUAUUGAUGAAUGUGCCUCUGGGCCGUGUCAAAAUGGCGGAACAUGCCUCGAUAUUGUAAAUGGUUAUUUCUGCAAUUGUGCUGCAGGCUACACUGGUAGACUUUGUGAUAUCGAUAUCGAUGGAUGCGCCACUUCACCUUGUAUAAACGGAGGUACAUGUAUUGAUACUCUCGGCGGAUACACAUGUGCGUGUCUAGCGGGAUAUACAGGGAUCAAUUGCCAGACAAAUAUUGAUGAAUGUGCCUCUGGACCGUGUCAAAAUGGCGGAACGUGCUUCGAUGGAGUAAAUGGUUACGUCUGUAGCUGUGUUCUAGGCUACACUGGAACACUCUGUCAAAUCAAUAUCAAUGAAUGCGCCUCUGAUCCGUGCCAAAAUGGCGGGACUUGUCUUGAUGCUGUAAAUGGCUACGUCUGUAAUUGUGCUCUCGGCUACACUGGUGUAUUCUGUCAGAUUAAUCUGGUAAAUGGCUAUUUCUGUAACUGUGUUCCAGGCUACACUGGAACAUUUUGUCAAAUUAAUAUUGAUGAAUGUGCCUCUGGGCCGUGUCAAAAUGGCGGAACAUGCCUCGAUAUUGUAAAUGGUUAUUUCUGCAAUUGUGCUGCAGGCUACACUGGUAGACUUUGUGAUAUCGAUAUCGAUGGAUGCGCCACUUCACCUUGUAUAAACGGAGGUACAUGUAUUGAUACUCUCGGCGGAUACACGUGUGCGUGUCUAGCGGGAUAUACAGGGAUCAAUUGCCAGACAAAUAUCGAUGAAUGCGCCUCUGGACCGUGUCAAAAUGGCGGAACGUGUUUUGAUGCUGUAAAUGGUUAUUUCUGUAACUGCCCUGCAGGCUACACCGGAAUAUUCUGUCAAAUUAAUAUUGAUGAAUGCGCCUCUUUGCCGUGCCAAAAUGGCGGAACGUGUCUCGAUGCUGAAAAUAGUUAUGUCUGUAAUUGUGUUCCCGGCUACACUGGAAUUUCUUGUGAAACUAAUGUCGAUGAAUGCGCAAGCCUGCCUUGUCUGAAUGGCGGAACUUGUCUGGAUCUUGUUAAUCGGUACUUCUGCCAAUGUCCCGUUGGAUACGCUGGUCCAAAUUGUGAAAUCGACUUGGGUGGUGCAUGCUUUUCGGAUCCUUGUGAGAACGGGGGUACAUGUGUUACCGCUCCUAACGGAUAUUUCUGUGUCUGUCCACUAGGCUAUUCAGGACAGAAUUGUGAAAUAGAUAUUGACGCCUGCCUUAGCGAUCCUUGUUUGAAUGGAGUCUGCUUUGAUUUACCGAACGGAUAUUUCUGUUCCUGUACUCAGGGCUUCGAGGGCGUCAACUGUGAUAUCAACACCAACGAAUGUUUGUCGCAACCGUGCCUAAAUGGUGGAACAUGUUUAGAUGGCACUGCAUCAUACAUUUGUGUAUGCCCGGCUGGAUAUUCUGGUCUUCGUUGUGAAGUUGACAUCGACUUCUGCUCACCACAGCCGUGUCUCAACGGUGGACAAUGUGUUGAUGGGCCUACAAGUUAUUCGUGCAUAUGUCCUCCUGGAUACGUAGGCGUCGAUUGCGAGAUCUUGGUAGACCCAUGUGCGUCUCAGCCAUGUAGAAAUGGCGGAACAUGCCAACGACUCGGUGGCUUCAACUUCAUUUGUUUCUGUACCAGUCUGUAUAACGGACCAACGUGUGAAGUACCCGUCCAAGACCCCUGUGCUUCACAACCUUGCGCAAAUGGUGGUACAUGUGUUGUAACCGUUGAGGGUGGAUUCAAGUGUGUUUGUCCCGGUUAUGGUUUCGACUUCUUCUGUAAUGUCAAUCCUGAUCUUCUGUGCUUUAAUAGAGCUGAUGGCAAUUACGCUCAUCCAACCAAUUGCUCUAUAAUUGUGGCGUGUGUUGGUGGUAACCCUAUCUUGAUUGCCUGCCCAGCUGGUUUGGCUUUCAACGAAACUGCCAAUCUAUGCGAUCAACCAGCGAACGUUCCUGGAUGUGCCGGUAUAGGACCUGUCACUGCAUGUUCUGGAAGAGCCGACGGUAACUACCGCAUACCUGGUCAGUGUAACUCAUUUCUACAAUGUGUUGCAGGCCAGGAAUAUAUUGGGCAGUGUGUUGCUGGUUUAGCGUACGACGAAAUUCAAGAUGCAUGUGUCCAAUCGUCGUUAGUCGAUGGCUGCGAUACAGGUGGUACGACAGGUACCGGCGAAUUCUGCAGUGGACUUCCAGAUGGGCUCUACCCUAACGUAAAUGACUGUCAAUCAUUUUUCCAAUGCAGUAAUGGCAACACUUUCGUGUUUCUGUGUGGUGAGAAUUUGGUAUACAGCCCUAGCACUCAGCAAUGCGAUAGUCCUAUAGAAGUACCCGGAUGUGAGAACUUCAACCCAGGUGUACCGAAUGAGUGUCAGGGACGUCUCGAUGGCUAUUAUUCUGUUUCAGGAAACUGCAGUGCAAUCCUUGCAUGCUCUGGCGGCACUCCUAUAUAUCUAGUUUGCCCAGGUGGUCUGGCGUUCAACGAAACCACCGACAUGUGUGAGAGACCGCAGAAUGUUGACGGAUGUGAGGGACUAAAUAAUGGAGAUUUUUGUAGCAGUCGCAAUGAUGGUAACUACCCGUUGUCGUGUUCAUCGUAUUACUCGUGUGUAUUUGGAACAUCAUUUGUACUAUCAUGUCAACCCGGACUGGCCUACAAUCCGAAUGAAGAUAUCUGUGAUUUCCCCCAAAACGUUCCUGGAUGUGAACAAAUAGUAGGAGAUCCUACUUGCUUAAAUCGAGUUGACGGCAACUACGCUGUUGUUGGAAACUGCAGUGCUAUCCUGAGUUGUGUUGGUGGUUUUCCAUUCUACCAAGUAUGCCCAGUUGGAACCGUCUUUAAUGAGUCUGCCAACAUUUGCGAUCAACCAGCCAAUGUUCCCGGCUGUGCGGUAACUCAACCCGGCAUCUGUGGCAACCGUCCAGACGGCAACAUCCGUAACCCAGCCAGUUGCAGGUCAUAUUUUGCGUGCGUUGCUGGCCAAGAAACAUUAUUAUUCUGCCCUACUGGACUUGUGUAUAACGCAUUAUCAAUGGAGUGCGAUUUUCCCACAAAUGUGCCUGGCUGUAAUGUUGGCGGUGGGGGUGAUCCAGAGUGUGUCGGGCGACCUAAUGGUAACUAUGCUGUUCCUGGAAACUGCAGUGCAAUUCUCUCCUGCUUUGGAGGAUUAGCCAACUACCUUGUCUGUCCGCCAGGUUUGUCUUUCAACGAAACUGGUAACAGAUGCGACCGCAAUGUUCCAGGAUGCAGUGGUGGUGGAACUGGUUUCUGUGCAAACCUCGCAGAUGGAAAUUAUGUAAAUCCAACAAACUGUAGUCAGUUUAUUUCCUGUGUAGGAGGUAUUCCAAUCGUACAGUCCUGUCCAGCUGGCCUAGGCUUUAAUUCGACUGGUAAUAGAUGUGACGCAGGUAUUCCUGGCUGCGCUGGCGUAGGAAGUGGCUUUUGCUUUGGACGAGAAGACGGUAAUUAUGCUAACCCUAUGGAUUGUAAUAGUUACUAUGCAUGCAGUGGUGGAGUAACAAUAGAUGUCUCUUGCCCAGAAGGCUUAGCUUUCAACCAACAAGACAACGAAUGCCAGCAGCCAGGAGAUGUCCCUGGAUGCGCUGGAACUGGUCCUGGAGGAAGCCCUACGUGCGUUGGUCGAGAAGAUGGAUUUUAUGCUGAUCAAACCAAUUGUAAUCGUUUUUAUAGAUGUGUUGGAGGAGUUAUCACUUCGUUUAACAAUUGUAAUCCUGGCCUUUACUUUGACGCUGUUUCCUUCUCAUGUAAUCUCCCAGAGAAUGUACCAAACUGCGGCGGUGGUGGUGGCGGUGGAGGAAUAUGUUCUGGAAGACUUGAUGGUAAUUAUCGAGAUCCUCAAAACUGUAACCAGUAUAUAGCAUGUUCAGGAGGUUCGUUGAUUGCCACUUUGUCAUGUCAAGGAAAUUUGGUUUUCAACGAAGACGAUGACCGAUGUGAUUUCCCACAAAAUGUCCAAGGUUGUGAAACAUUCGUCGGUGACGGUGGAGACCCAGUAUGCUCUGGACUCUCGGAUGGUAACUAUAGAGUUCCAAACAACUGCAGCGCCAUAUUGUCAUGCGUUGGAGGUUUUGCGUUUUAUCAGGUCUGUCCUGCAGGCACUGUUUACUACAAUGUCAAUGACACUUGUACCUUGCCUGCCAAUGUCCCUGGAUGUGAGCUUCCAGGUCCCACAUCAUUCUGUAGCUCUCUUCCCAAUGGUAACUACCAGAACCCGGCUAGCUGUAGUUCAUACUACGCUUGCUCUGGAGGACAGUCACAGUUAUUAGCCUGUCCCCAAGGACUUGUCUACAAUCCCACGAAUGACGCAUGCGACUUUGCAUCGGCUGUGGCGGGCUGUUCUGGAGGAGAUCGUGGUGAUGGAGGCGGUGACGGUGCUUGUACCGGUAUACCUGAUGGAUUUUACCGCGUGCCUCAAAACUGUAGUAUAUUUCUUGGUUGCUCUGGAGGUAUUGCAACAUUUUUGAGUUGCCCACCAGGACUAGUGUACAAUCAAACUGGUAACCUUUGCGAUAACCCUGCCAACGUUCCUGAAUGUUCAGGCUUCCUAAUUGGUGACGGCUUCUGCAGUGGACUUUCUGACGGAAACUACCCUGACGCAGCUAACUGCUCAGCAUACUACUCUUGUUCAGGUGGGGUGACUAAUAAGCUUGCUUGUCCCGCUGGUCUUGCAUACAACGCUGGGACAGACCAGUGCGAUCUUAGAGGUAACGUAGCUGGCUGUGAGGUGCCACCUCCAGAUUUAUGUCAGCCAGGACAAAAUGGCCAUUUUGCUGACUCUGUCGAUUGCAGAAGAUAUUACAUCUGUACAGACGGUCAGCUCGGAUUAUUCACGUGUCCACCACAGCGAGCAUUCGACCCGUAUACGUGUACAUGUAUUGAUUAUACUGACGUUCCAUAUUGUCUUAAAAAGAUGUUUUCUAAAUACUCUCAUAUUUGUUUUUGUGCAAUAUUUGCUGUAGUGAGCUCUACGCAGUAUACUACCUAUGCACCGAUCGAACAAGAACAUCUCACUGGUUGGUUUAACCGCGACAGUCCUUUGGGCGAAGGAGACAUCGAAACGUUAGAAGAUCUUAAACGGGAAAAUCCCUAUUUGCUGUGUGACUUUCCAUUUGGAAUCGAAUGUCAGACUACGUCGGGAGUUCCGUACACGGCUACGGGCCAAGUCGUGAAAUGCGAGGCAUCAAUCGGCUUGAUUUGCCGAAACGCCGAGCAGAAACAUGGAGAUACGUGUCUCGAUUACCGUGUUCGAUUUAGAUGCUCUCAUCCAAUCGAUGAAUGCGCUUCAAAUCCAUGUGAAAAUGGCGCCGUGUGUCGGGACAGAACUAACGCGUUUGAAUGUAUCUGUCCUGGCGGUUUUGAAGGCGAGAGAUGCGAAAUAAACACAGAUGACUGUGUGCCAAAUCAAUGUCAAAAUGGCGGAGCGUGUGUAGAUAAAAUAUCAGACUAUAUUUGCGUCUGUCCCCCUGGAUACAGUGGUAGGAAUUGUGAGAAUGACAUAGAUGAAUGCAUUGGGAAUAAAUGCCAAAACGGAGCAACAUGUAAAGAUUUCGUUAACGGCUAUGUGUGUUUAUGUGCAGAAGGUUAUUCUGGACUGUUCUGCGAAGAAAAUAUCGAUGAUUGUAUUCCACAACCCUGCAAGAACAACGGCCGAUGCCAAGAUCUGAUUAAUGAUUACUGGUGCUGGUGCGAGCCUGGGUACACAGGGCAGCAUUGCGAAAUAGACAUCGACGAGUGCUCACCUAACCCGUGCGUGGAAGGUAGCUGUGUCGAUGGUAUUAACGGUUAUACAUGCGACUGCAGCACAGGAUACCGCGGGGACGUCUGCCAAAUCAAUGAGAACGACUGUUCACCAGAUCCUUGCGUAAAUGGAAUAUGUAUUGAUGGAGUAGGAGAUUACUACUGCGCAUGUUCAGUAGGUUACGAAGGCCGAAACUGUGACAUAAAUACGAACGAUUGCACCGAUACCUCAUGUAUGAACGGUGGGACGUGUAUUGAUGGACUUAAUGGCUUCACGUGUAAUUGUCCUCCAGGAUAUGAAGGAAUGAUAUGUGAACACGAUAUCAACGAAUGUGCAUCUUAUCCCUGUCUGAACGGAGCCAUGUGUGACAAUCGUAUUGGGUAUUAUACCUGCUAUUGUAAGGCUGGAUACACUGGUUUACACUGUGAAAUAGACAUUGAUGAUUGUUCACCAAACCGAUGUGUGAAUGGAGGCGGCUGUGUUGAUCUGGUUAACGACUUCAAAUGUAUUUGCAAAAACGGAUAUACAGGCAAAUUGUGUGAAAUUGAUGUAGAUGAGUGCCGAUCAAGCCCGUGUAAAAAUGGUGGAACUUGUGAGCAGACGACAGGAGGGUAUAAGUGUACAUGUGUCCCAGGAUUUACUGGCAAUAGGUGUGAGAUUGACAUAGAUGAGUGUGCUAGUUUACCGUGCCAAAAUGGAGCCACGUGCAUUAAUCUGCAGAAUAUGUUUUGGUGCAACUGUGCUCCAGGCUAUAAUGGAUUAACAUGCGAUCAAGAAAUUGAUGAAUGCUACAGUCAACCUUGUCAAAAUGGAGCCACAUGCAAAGAUUUAGUCGACUCGUACCAAUGCGUAUGCUAUCCGGGCUACGAAGGAGUGAAUUGUGAAACAUCUGUGAAUGAGUGUGAUAAAUAUCCUUGUAAACAUGGAGGAAUAUGCAUCAAUAGCGGUCCGGGAACAUAUACUUGCCGAUGUCCCUCUGCCUGGUUUGGAAAGAACUGCCAAUAUUCUGAGGAUAUGUUCUGUGAUCACAAGAAAAACGGGCUUUACAGUCAUUGGUCUGUUUGCGCAAGGUACUUCUCCUGCAGCAACUACCAAACCCACAAACUUGAGUGCCAGCAUGGUUUAGUUUUCAAUCCCAAAGGAUAUUGCGAUUGGCCUGCUAAUGUUCCCGGCUGCAGUGACCAGAGCAAUGGAGCUUGUUCUGGCCGCCAGGACGGACUUUACCUGUAUCCAUCAAAUUGUGGUAAAUACAUUCAGUGCGGAGGCGGUGUCGAAUACAGAUGGCAGUGUCAAGAUGGUCUGGUAUUCAAUCCAAGAACCGGCAACUGUGAUUACCCGUACAAUGUCCCUGAAUGCUCGACUGCAUCUCAAGUCGAUGACCCAUUCUGUCAGGGUAAACUAGACGGCAGCUAUAAAAAUCCUGCAGACUGUACUACAUACUUCAUCUGCUCCUCGGGAAAUCUACAAACUGCUGGUUGUUUCUUUAACCUAGUAUACAACGAGGUUCUCAAACGCUGUGAUUUCCCUUACUCGUUAAUUGAAUGUGACCAAGGACAAAGUGGUGACAUGUACUGCAUUGAUAAGUCAGAUGGCAACUACGAAUAUCCCAAUGAUUGCAGUAAAUUUGUCCAGUGCGUCAGUGGCUACAGCACUGUUAGCACAUGUUUAACGGGAUUGGUAUACGACGUACAAAAAGACCUCUGUGACUAUCCACCCACAACUGGACGGUGUUCGCAGGUUGGCCAAACCGGAGAUUUUUGCUCCACGAAGAGUGCUGUCGGACUCUACAGAGAUCCAUUAAACUGCGAGAAGUUUUAUCAGUGUUCAAAUGGAUACACCUACCAUCACAUCUGCCCAGCUGGUUUAGUGUAUAACGAGGCAACUGAAAAAUGCGAUUACCACACUAAUGUACCGGGAUGUGCAGCGCCGCAGGUUGUCUUUGAUUCAUUUUGCUGGGAUAAAAGUGAUGGAAUAUACCCAGAUCCUGGAAACUGCAACAUGUAUUAUAUAUGCGAAUACGGGCUAGCCAAGCACAUUGCUUGUCCUCUUGGACAGGCUUUCGAUGAGAUCGAAUUUACGUGUAACAUAGAAAAGUAUCUCACUGGCUGCAAAUAUAAUGGCGGUGUGCAUCCUGUCUGUUUAGAGCCUAAUGGCUACUUCCCAGAUAAUAACUACUGCAAGGGAUACUACGAGUGCAUCCUUGGUGUUCCCAUUCGUCGUCUUGAAUGCGAUGGUGAUCUUGUUUUCAAUUAUAAUACAAAGAAAUGCGACUCUAUUAUCAAUGUUCCAGAAUGCAGAGCCCCAGAUCCUCUCUGUAUUGAUAGACCUAAUGGCAGGUAUCCGUACCCAAACUCCUGUACCAAAUACUUUGUUUGCCAAGAUGGCUUCAUGGCGGCUAGGGUCUGCAGUGCAGGUCUUGCUUACAAUGCAGAUGCUAUGGAAUGUCAAACACCACAGGGCUCCUGCUUCUGCGUCGGAAAGCACGACGGGAACUACGUGGACACCACAAGUUGUUCUCAGUAUUAUAGCUGUAUGAAUGGAAUUACUAAGCGACCAAAUUGUUCUCCAGGGUUGGUGUAUAAUGCUGCCAUCGGAACUUGCGACUCGUCUUCGAAUACAGGACCUCCACAGUGCACGCACCAAACACAGUAUCAACAAGACCCAUUGUGUUCAGGAAAACUAAGUGGCUCUUACGGAUUCAAUCAGUAUUGUGACAAGUACUACAAGUGUGUCGACAAUGUUUCACAAAUCAUCACAUGCGUUGCAGGACACGUGUAUAAUCCGGCUAUUCGCACGUGUUCUCUACCGACAAUAGUGGAUGGACCCUGUGGAGUUAAAUUACAAAUCGACGACCAAUUUUGCAAGGGCAAGGAUGAUGGAUACUACGAACACCCAACAGACUGCAAUAAAUUUUACCAGUGUUAUGAUGAUAUAACUUACCCUCAAGAUUGUCAGCCCGGACUUGUCUUUAACAUUCAUGCAACGCCAGUAAGGUGCGACUAUCCAUCCGAGGUUCCUAAGUGUUUAUAAUCUUAACAAUGUCUACGGUAAUGCUUUGUAUUAUACCAGGCUUUUCUGCAUUACGACAUGUUAGAGGUGUUAUCAAUUCUACAACAUCUCCACAGGAAAAUACCACCCAUCUAUCAUGUUAAUUGUUAAGCGAAAUAGUCUGGGAUUUAAUUCCGUCAGAUAUAAAUACCUGCGUGUAAUUAAUUUGAGAAAAUUUUCAAAUCAACUUAUGAAAAAUGAUGUACUGUAUGAAAAAAACUGAAUAAAUUACGGGAUAAAGUAACGUAAAAGAAAGCGAAGUUUGAGGGGUGGUAUGAAACCGUAUGGAGCCGAACUGAAUAUGGUACACCUAAAAACGAAACAAGUUUGUGUAUAUUAAUAUUAAUAAUGAUUUGGAAUAUAAUUUAUUUCAUUAAAAUUUAUAACUAUUGUUUUUAUAACCAAAGAUGAGACUUUAUGAAAAUAAAUGUUGUUUACACAAUCAAA